GCCCCUUACACAAAUAAAAACCCCCCAACUCUUCAAUUGACUCACACAAAUCUCCUUUCUCCCUUCUUCAAAAUCCAUGAAGCUCUCAUUUCUUUCCUUCUCCUUCUUCUUCUUCCUCCUCCUUCUCUUCCCUCUCUAUUCCCUCGCAUCUUGCCAAUGUACUCCCAACUCCAAAGACUACGAGGAUUUCAAAAACUCCAUUUCUCUCAAAUCCAUCGCCCUCGUCUCCAUCCUCGCAGCCGGCGCCGCCGGAGUCCUCAUCCCCAUCCUCGGCCGCUCAAUCCCCUUCCUCCGACCAGAAAGUGACCUUUUUUUCUCAAUUAAAUCUUUCGCCGCCGGCGUCAUCCUCGCCACCGCCUUCAUCCAUAUCCUCCCCGACGCCUUCGCGCGCCUCACCUCUCCCUGCCUCCCAACCCAUCCAUGGCAGGUCUUCCCCUUUGCGGGCUUCGUCGCCAUGUCGUCGGCGAUGGGAACGAUGAUGAUUGAUUCGUUUGCCACUGGCUACUAUAAAAGAUCGCACUUUAAAAAAGCUCAGCUCUUUGAUGAUGAAAUAGUAGCUGGAGAUCGUGAGGCAGCGCAUGCAGGUCACGUGCACGUGCAUACUCAUGCCAGUCAUGGGCACGCGCACGGGCCGGUGGCCGGUGGGGGGUCGCCAGCGGAGGAGGCGUCGAUGGAGGAGAAAAUCCGGCACAGGGUUAUAUCACAGGUAUUGGAGUUGGGCAUAGUGGUUCAUUCCGUAAUUAUUGGAGUUUCACUGGGUACAUCUGAAAGCCCUAAAACAAUUAAGCCACUGGUGGGGGCCUUGAGCUUCCAUCAAUUCUUUGAAGGCAUUGGACUUGGUGGCUGUAUUGUUCAGGCAAACUUCAGAGCUCGAGCAACGGUGAUAAUGGCCAUCUUCUUCUCAUUAACAGCCCCGUUUGGAAUUGCUCUUGGAAUAGCCAUUUCUACAAGCUACAAUCCAAACAGCUCAACAGCUCUUAUAAUUGAAGGGAUAUUUGAUGCAGCUUCUGCUGGAAUUCUCGUCUACAUGUCUCUCGUAGAUCUAUUAGCUGCAGAUUUUACAAACCCUAGAAUGCAAAACAGUAUAAAGCUUCAGCUUGGAGCACACCUUGCUCUCCUGCUUGGCUCUGCUUUCAUGUCCAUUCUAGCUAAAUGGGCAUAAUAAUUAGUUAAUAUUUGAAAUAAAAUUUGUUCUUUGUUGAGAUUUUGAGUGAAUAAAUCUGUUGAAUUCAAA